UGCUGCUUCCGCUGAGUGAUUGAACUCGGCUUCAGGUUACUGCUUUUGUUACUGGGUUUCCACUUGCUUUCGCCGUUUGGCUAUUCUACAGCUAGGCUGCAGCUUGACGGGUCGAAGUGAAAGCUGACCUCCUCGGCUGUGAAAAGAGUCCAAAAAUGCAUGUUUUCUUUCGGAAUUAAGUCAUUUUCCUCCCUUUUUUCUAUUCAAAGCCGUCCGAAGUGAAACGUUUACUUGCCAGAAUGAGAAGUCGGAGCAACUCCGGCGUGAAGCUGGACAACUACGCCCGGGUAGUGCAACAAACUAUCCUGCGGCACCAAGACCCAGUGACGGGCCUUCUGCCGGGCAGCGCGGAAAUGCCGGACGCCUGGGUCAGAGACAACGUCUACAGCAUCGUGUCGGUCUGGGCCCUCAGCCUGGCCUACAGGAAGAACGCCGACCGGGACGAGGACAAGGCCAAGGCCUACGAGCUGGAGCAGAGUGUGGUUAAGCUAAUGAGAGGCGUCCUCCAGUGCAUAAUGAGGCAGCUCGACAAAGUGGAGAAGUUUAAAUACAGCCGAAGUACCUCAGACUCACUCCACGCCAAGUACAACCCGAGGACCUGCGCCACCGUCGUCGGUGACCACGAGUGGGGGCACUUGCAGGUGGACGCCACCUCGCUCUUCCUGCUGUUCCUGGCUCAGAUGACCGCAUCCGGUCUUCACAUAAUCUACACCCAAGAUGAGGUGGACGUGGUUCAGAAUCUCAUGUUCUACAUCGAGGCAGCUUAUAAAGUGGCUGAUUACGGGAUGUGGGAGCGAGGGGACAAAACCAACCAAGGCAUCACUGAGAUCAAUGCCAGCUCGAUAGGCACGGCCAAGGCAGCUCUGGAGGCGCUGGAUGAACUCAACCUGUUCGGAGCCAAAGGAGGCCCCGGAUCGGUGGUCCACGCGCUGGCCGACGACAUACAGCACUGUCAGUCCAUCCUGACGUCCAUGUUACCCAGGGCCUCCAUCUCCAAAGAGGUGGACGCCGGAGUCCUGGCCAUCCUUACGUACCCGGCCUUCGCCGUCGAGGACAUGAGCAUCGUCAACAUGACCAAGGAGGAGAUCAUCUCUAAACUGCAAGGACGAUACGGCUGCUGCAGGUUUCUCAGAGACGGACAUAAAACACCUAAAGAGGAUCCAAACAGACUGUAUUACGAGUCUGCAGAGCUCAAGCUGUUUGAGAACAUAGAGUGCGAGUGGCCAUUGUUCUGGACCUACCUCAUCCUGGACGGCAUUUUUAGCAACAGUCAAGAGCAGGUGCAAGAGUAUCAGGAGGCACUGGAGGGGAUUCUGAUCAAACAGAAGGACGGGGUUCGGCUGGUGCCAGAGCUCUACAGUGUCCCUCCUGAUAAGGUGGAGGAGGAGUACGUGAACCCUCACUCAGUGGAAAGGGUCCCGAUGGGUAAAUGUCCCCUGAAAUGGGGCCAGUCUCUGUACAUCCUGGGAAAACUCUUAGCAGAGGGCUUUCUUGCCCCUGGAGAAAUUGACCCCCUCAAUCGACGUUUCUCCACCAUCCCCAAGCCUGACGUGGUCGUACAAGUGUCCAUCCUGGCUGAGACAGAGGAGAUUAAGGAGCUCCUGCUGAAGAAUGGCUUAGAGGUGGAGACGGUGGCCGACAUCCAUCCCAUACACGUGCAGCCUUCCAGAGUCCUCAGCCACAUCUAUGCCAGACUUGGCCGUAACCCGAGGCUGGGUCUGACGGGACGCCCCUACAGAAGGAUAGGCGUGCUGGGAACCUCCAAGUUUUACAUCAUCAGGAACACAAUCUUCUCCUUCACACCCCAGUUCAUAGACCACCAGCAGUUCUACAUGGCGUUGGACAACAAAAUGAUCGUGGAGAUGCUGAGGACGGAAAUCGCGUACCUUUCGUCCCGAUGGAGGAUGACCGGACGACCAACCGUCACUUUCCCCAUCUCGCAGAGCAUGCUGACUGAAGAUCACACUGAUCUAGACCCCGCAGUCUUGGCCACUCUGAAGAAGUUACAGGAUGGGUAUUAUGGAGGAGCGAGGAUUCAGACAGGGAAGCUUUCGGAGUUCCUGACCACCUGCUGCUGCGCUCACCUCAGCUUCCUGGACGGUAAGGGUUCUGGCAGCAUGGGCCACCACGCCGAGGAGUAUGAUGAUGAUGAUGAUGAUGAUGAGCGUGACACCGAUGGAUACGUGCAUGAGUUACGUUGUGACGAUGAGGCGGACGAUCUUGCACAGUACCUUGACCACCUGUUGGCCCAGUCGGCCCCUAAGAAACCCAAGCGGCAGAUGGGAGCUCUGGGCAGGUUCAAGGCAGCGGCCACCAAAACUAAGGAGAUGGUUUCCCUGAUGAACAAGGCUCAAGGGCUCAACGUCCAGAACGUCAACAUGUACCUGCCCAACAAGCUGUUCCGCUCUCGUCAGCCGUCGCUUAAUUUGAAUCUCCCAGAAACCUCUGCUCAAGAAGAGUCUCAGAACCCCGAGGUGCAGAUCACAGUAGAUGGUGGCAUCCCCAGAGACGCCAGCGGAGCCAUCGACUUCCCCGCUUUGCUGCAGCUGCUAAAAGACACGAAAAAUCUCCAGGACCAGGCCGACAUACUGUUCAUCCUCUUCAAAGACAAGGGAAUGGACUGGGACACCCAGCUGCACGGUAAAGGCUCAACAGUGAGGUCUCUGCUCAGCGAGCUGUACGAGAAGGCGGGCGACCUGAAACACUGGGGCCUGAUCAGGAUGAUCUCUGGCAUGCUGAAGAAGAAGGUGGAGGAGCUCGACUCGGCCUGCUCUGAUUUGCUGGCGCACCAGAAGCACCUGACCGUGGGCCUCCCCCCCGAGCCCAGAGAGAAAACCAUCACCGCUCCCAUCCCCCCGGAUCAGCUGGCUGCCCUCAUCGACGAGGCCAGCGACAACAACAUUACGCUGGCCAUCCUCACUCAGGAGAUCAUGGUGUACCUGGCCAUGAGCAUCAGGACUCAGCCCAACCUCUUCAGCGAGAUGUUCCGCCUGAGGAUCGGCCUCAUCAUCCAGGUCAUGGCCACAGAACUGGCCCAGUCGCUCAACUGUUCGGGAGAGGAGGCCACGGAGAGCCUGAUGAGCCUCAGCCCGUCCGAGCUGAAGAACCUGCUGCACCACAUCCUCAGCGGGAAGGAGUUUGGAGUCCAGCGCAGCGUAAGAGAGGUGGAUGCCGGUGUCAGUCCAGCCAUCUCCAUCCAUCACCUGGGUAACGUGGGCGCCACCAAGAGCGAGAGAGCCGGCAUCAGUAAGCUGAAGAGCGACAUGAAGAUGGUAAGCACACGAGCGCUCACCGUUGCCCGGCUGGAACACAGGUUGUCUCUGACGGACCCCAGUAAGGUGACGUACAGUUUUAAAGUGGGUGCUAAUUCACCGGACGGGUGCCGAGGCACGUCAGCUCAGUCAGUGGACGUAGAAAGCGCCGAAUCUGGGAGGUACCGGCUGCCAUCCGUGGAGUCCAUCGGAAUUCCAGAGGGCCUUCCGGGCGCCAAGGACACGAGGCACGGCCAGUGGCUGCGCCGGAGAAGGCUGGACGGGGCGCUGAACCGGGUGCCCGUCGGCUUCUACCAGAAAGUCUGGAAGAUCCUCCAAAAGUGCCACGGACUGUCCAUUGAGGGAUUUGUGCUCCCUUCUUCCACCACGAGAGAGAUGACCCCGGGAGAGAUCAAGUUCUCCGUCCACGUGGAAACCGUUUUAAACCGGGUGCCCCAGCCCGAGUACCGGCAGCUGCUGGUGGAGGCCAUCUUGGUUCUCACCAUGCUGGCCGACGUGGACAUCCCCAGCAUCGGCUCCAUCGUCCACGUGGAGAAGAUCAAGGACCUAGGAGCCGAGGAGCCCAUCCUGGAGAAGGACCCGGCCACGGGGGUGUGCAGGCUGCUGUACGACAGCGCCCCCAGCGGGCGCUUCGGGAGCAUGACCUACCUCACCAAGGCGGUGGCCGUGUACGUGCAGGACUUCCUGCCCAGCGGCGCGUGCGCCGUGCAGUGAGAGGACGCCGCCAAAAAAAAAGGGAGGAUCGGCAGGAGUUUUUUUUUUUACAUUUUUUUUUUACAUU